ACCAAAAAUUGACACAGCUGGAUUUGAGCUUCACAAUAUAACAGGGCAGAUUCCAGACUCCCUUUUCAAUUUGAGUUCGCUCUCUUACUUGUUUCUUGGAAAUAAUAAGUUAAACGGCACCCUGCCUGCACAAAAAAGUGCGAAUCUUCUCAACAUUGAUUUGUCGUACAAUAACUUGGUGGGAAGCUUUCCUUCUUGGAUCAGUGAAGAAAAUUUACAACUCAAUGUAGUUUCCAACAACUUCACAAUAGAAAGUUCAAACAGCAGUGCUUUGCCUUCAGGAUUGAACUGCCUACAACGGGGCUUUCCUUGCAAUCGAGGCACAUAUUAUAACUUUAGCAUUAAGUGUGGUGGUCCUCCGAUUACAUCUUCUAGUGGUAUUGUCUAUGAGAGGGAUGACGAGACACUUGGUCCAGCCACAUAUUAUGUGACCAACACAAGCAGGUGGGCUGUUAGCAAUGUUGGAUAUUUCAGUGGGAGCAGUGAUCCCCAGUACACAAGGACUUCGUUAUCUCAAUUCCCAAGUAUAGACUCAGAGCUGUUCCAGACAGCUAGACUCUCUGCUUCAUCAUUAAGGUACUAUGGCUUGGGGCUUCAGAACGGGAACUACACUGUAAAGCUCCAGUUUGUAGAAACAGAUUUUCAAAAUACAUCCACCUGGAAAAGUCUUGGGAGGCGUGUCUUUGAUAUUUAUAUGCAGGGGAAUCGUUUAUUAAAGGAUUUUGACAUACGAAAGGAGGCUGGUGGAGUCUCUUCGCAACCCGUUCAAAAGGAAUUUCAGGUCCAGGUAUCAGAAAACUACCUUGAAAUCCAUCUCUUUUGGGCUGGAAAAGGAACCUGCUGCAUACCUCGUCAAGGUACUUAUGGACCUUCUAUUUCAGCCAUCAGUGCUACCCCAGACUUUACACCCACAGGUGAUAACAAACUUCCAAGCAGCAAGAAGAAUAAUAGGACUGGUCUGAUCGUAGGUGUCGUUGUUGGUGCUGGAGUUUUAAGCUUUCUGUCUGUUUUUGUGGUUUUCUAUAUUGUUCGAAGAAGAAAACAGCUUCCAACCAGUGAUGAUGCGGAGCUCUUGGGAAUAGAUGUUAAAACAUUCACUUUCAGCUACGCUGAACUAAAGACAGCUACAGAAGAAUUUAGUCCUGCUAACAAGCUUGGAGAGGGAGGAUUUGGACCUGUCUUUAAGGGAACACUGCUUGAUGGGAGAGUAAUUGCUGUGAAGCAACUAUCUGUAGUAUCACACCAAGGAAAGAACCAGUUCAUAACGGAGAUUGCUACUAUAUCUGCUGUGCAACACCGCAACCUUGUGAAAUUGUACGGAUGUUGCAUUGAGGGAGAUCAACGACUGCUUGUUUAUGAGUUUCUAGAGAAUAGAAGUCUUGAUCAAGCGUUAUUUGGUAAAAGAAGUUUGAAUCUCGACUGGUCAACCCGUUUUGAUAUAUGCUUGGGUGUUGCAAGAGGUUUAGCAUAUCUUCAUGAGGAGUCACGACUUCGAAUUGUACACAGAGAUGUGAAGGCCAGUAAUAUCCUGCUUGACUCUGAUCUCAUCCCCAAAAUAUCAGACUUUGGCUUGGCCAAGCUUUACGACGAUAAAAAGACCCACAUAAGCACCCGUGUUGCAGGAACUAUUGGGUAUCUUGCGCCAGAGUACGCCAUGCGUGGGCACCUUACAGAGAAGGCUGAUGUGUUUGCCUUUGGUGUUGUGGCUCUAGAAAUUGUUAGCGGGAGGCCAAAUGCUGACUCAAGCUUGGAAGAAGAGAAAGUAUAUCUUCUUGAAUGGGCUUGGCAUUUACAUGAAAGCAACUGUGAAGUCGGUCUUAUAGACUCUACAUUAUCAAAGUUCAAUGAGGAAGAAGUAAAGCGCAUGAUAGGAGUAUCUCUUUUGUGCACACAAGCAUCCCCAACGUUACGGCCAUCAAUGUCGCGUGUGGUGGCAAUGCUUUCGGGAGAUAUUGAAGUGAGCUCUGUAACUUCAAGGCCUGGAUAUUUGACUGACUGGAAAUUUGAUGAUGAAAGCAGCUUAUUGAGUGAUGUUGCAAUCCAUGCUAGCAAUUUCAACUCAUUAGCAAGUACAAGCAUAAUGGGUGAUGCAGAGAUUUCACCAGCAAAUGUUUCUAAAACCAUGCUCGAUGAGAUCAUCAAAGAGGGUAGGUGAGAAUCGAUUUUUUUUUUUUUUUUUUUUUUUUUUUCCUUCGGGUAAAUUUACAAACGUUGUAUUCUUCAAUUCCAGGCAUAAUAUGUGAUCAUGCAAUUUUAGAUCUACUUGAUUGUAAAUUAAUUUUUCAUUUUAUUUUUUCCUGAGGUAUUGGCACCCUCCUUGCAUGUUAGUAUAGACUAUAGAGGUGCAGACAUUAAGGCACUAAUUCAGGAAUGCCUUCACACUGAGGUGGAAACUACAAGUUUGUCUUAUAAGCCCCCUUUACUGUCAGGAAAUUCUUUAACAAAUUGUUUAGAUGGAGUGAUUUGGAAUGGGUGGAACAAACAGAGUAGGGCUCCAUUUCUGUCCCCUGAA